AUUCAUACUACGACUGUGCUUCAGUCCAUUAAUCACGUGACCAUUUGCGAACCACUGCGACUGCUGAUGGAUAAUCCUGCGGCCUUAAUGGUACAGUUCUGUUUUCGCUUUUCUUUCCCUUUUUUUUGUUCUUGAAGGACGGUUCCUACCGAUUGCCAAAAUGCAAAAUAUGAAUUGCAAAUAAAAUGAAAGAAAUAGAUGUGCUCCUCGCAGUUUUAAGAUAAAGUUAAAAAACGUAACAAAUGCAGGCUUGGCUAGAGUGCGAAACCGAAGACCAGACACACUGCUUUGUCCAAUGGGCCAUUUUCACGAUGACGACAUUUGACUACAUUUCGUUUUUGCUUUCCUAAAUUUCUGUAAAUCCCGCUUAUGUUUAAAAAAACAAUGGCUCUAAUUUGCACAAUAAAACAACAAACUGAAGGACUCUUGUAGUUGUAGUAAAAUGAAGUCGUCGAGCAAUUGUCCUAUUGAGGUAAUAGGGCACUUAAGAACCGAGAACGGUGAAGCCGGCGAAAACGUCACUUACGCGUUCUUGCAAUCUUCAUCGCCAUCUUUCUGUAUAUUAGAACGCAUACCUACCCACAAUGCCUGAUGACAAUCUGCAAGAAGCAAUGGCGGGAAUGCGAGAGAGUGGAAAAUGGUAUCGUAAGUAUCAAAGUGGUAAAUUAAAGUCGUGCAGGCAGUUAGCUGACGUGAAACCGCAGUUUGAUUCCUGACAUUUUUAAGACAAAAUAUCUUGAACAGACGAGCAAAAAAUGAUUAAGAUCAAAAUGAAUCCAAUAACAAGCUAUUUCUUGUGCAGAGAAACCCAAAGAACGCAACAUACCACCUGAACACGUUUUGACUUGAACCGGCCGCCACAUUGAAUGUUUGAACAGCAUCUUUGCUGUUUUAAAGUCAUCAAUAAGGUCCAUGUUUGCUGUCUGGCAUUAAUAAAAGUGAAAGACUUGAUCCACAAAAAAUUUACUUGUUUAUGUGAUGACAUGGAAAUAUACGGCUCAAUUACUUACGUGGAACCUUUCCUCCCUCCCUCUCUACCCGGCGUUCAAAACCGCAAACGUCACUGAAACAUGAGGUUGCCAUUUAGUUUGGUGAAUUGUCAGCUAUUGUUACGCUUAUUCCGCGUGUCGGGUGUUGUUGGUAUCCAAAGGUCGCUCCUAUUAAUGCAUGUUAAGCAAAAGUAGGGGUGUUCUGUCAGUUCAAAAAUUCGAGGCGUUGCCGACUGGUAUUAGAUUUGAUAAAAAUUAAUACUAACUGCAAGUUUAUUGAACGGCUUCAAAACCUGGAGUUUAAGCCCAGAAUAACUGAGCGGAAGGCACAGUCUCUUGUAUUUUCGUCGAUGAUUUAUAGAGGUUUAGUCUGGAGACGCUCUUGAACAAAGGUCAGGGAUGUUCGACUUCUGAAAACAAAUACGUCGGCAGUUUACAAGUGACAGUUAUGGAAGACAAUGCAAUGUUUGGUGAAAUAAAUAAACUUGGUUUCCGGUGCUAUUUUGUUGCAGAGUGCCCCAACGGACAUCCCUAUUACGUUGGAGACGUAAGUGACGCUUUUUACUGCCAUUUGAAAAGUUACAAGUUUAAAACAAGACUGGUACUGUGGUCACCAACUCUACAUAUCUGUUGUCAUGGUUUAUUUUUACAUAAAUGUCAAAUCACAAGUUUCUCUUUCUCCUAACAAUGUUCUGCUAGGUUCCCUUGGUCUUAGCAGUCGCUCAAGAGACCGGAUUCCAUACCAGGCAACUGAGUAUUUCUCAUGCUCCUUAGACGUGUUUAUUGUUUUAUUUUCAUUGUGAUCCUGUUUCCUUACCUUGCAGUGUGGCCGCCCUAUGGAGGUGAAGGCUUGUCCUGAGUGUAAAAUGAAAAUCGGUGGUAAAGAACACAAACCCUUUCAAGGAAAUACUACAGCUCAGAGG